AUGGCACGCGCUCCCGCGCUCGCCGGCGUCGUCCUCCUCCUCGCCGUCCUCCUCGCGAUGGCGUGCGCCGUGCACGCGGCGUCGUCCCAGCCCCCUUCCCCGGCCGCCUCUCCCGAGUCGUCCGAGGCCGAGUCACCGGAGUCUGAAGAGUCCGAGUGGGCUGCGGAGGGCCCGGGGAUGCUGUCUGAAGCCUCCGAGGAGCUUGGCUUGGGGGCCGGGCCGCUCAAGACGAUGGGCAUGGACAUGGACAUGCUCGACGACGACGACGACGGUGCUGCUCCGUCCAAGAGCCCGGCUGCCACGGCACCUGCAGGCGCAGCCGCCGCGCCGGCGGAGGAGGGAGACGAAGAGGAAGACGCGAGCACCGCGUCGCCGGCGUCUGCGCCCGGCGCGAGCGAGGAGGCGGAGGGGGAGGAGGAGGCCCCGGCGGGCGCCCCCGACGCCGAGGCGGAGGAGGCGGCCGCCACCGCCGCCGACGUCUCCCCGGCCGCGGUCACCGUCUCCGAGGGCCCCGCGGAAGGUCCCGGCCCCUCGGCCGCCGACGAGGAGGAGGACGAGAGCGGCGCGAGCGCCACGACGCAGCGUGGCAGCCUCGCCGCCACCGCCGUGCUCCUCGUCGGCGCCGCCGUCUUUGCCCUGUAA